AUGCGAAGCGUGUGCGACGAGAGAACCGCGGUGCUUCCCCGCUUCAAGGGUUGCUUGUGCCUAGCGCGUGCUGUGCGCGGGCUGGCAGGUGCCAUCAGACGCCCUUUCCUUCACUUGGCUAGAGCACCUUCCGCUACCGAAUCACGACAUUGCAACCGUCGCCACGCUCACGACAGCAACAAAGCUCAAAAUCCGAGAGCAUGGGCGGCAUUGCGUGCUCCGUUCCCAGUGUCUCCACAGAGAUAUCAACAUCGGAGGGAUUCCGAUACGGGGUUCCAUACGUGUAGAAAUGACAUCCGUAAUUUAGACAGCAGAGUAGGUGGUCAUGAAAUCGCCAAUGCGGUAUUUACUCUUUAUGUUGGAGGCGGUGAGGUUGGCAUCGCAGCAACAUUUCUUGACUUUCUUACAUUCUGCCUCAGUGGGAUUAGUCGAGAGAACAAUUACGGAACGACUAUCGAAAGCUUCCGCAUGGGAGACGGCCACCAACUGCUUCCGCCCGUGUGGUGGCGCGGCUGGCGCCAGCAUCGAAUGGAGGCUAGCCGUGUGUUCUGCCUCACGAAUGAUUGUCUUUGUUAUCUGCUUGGCUGGCGGAGAGGGAUUCAAGACAAGGCCUGGCAUGAUCAUGACCUUACUCGGGAGAUCAUGCACAGUGGCCUGGAUCAUGGGUACAUGAGGCUGCAUGAAUCGAGGCGGCCUCCAGGUCGACCGGGCUUCACAUUGUCCCGAAAUGGCAUGGCAACUCCGAGAGGUUCAGAUGACCACCCAAAUAUGGAAGCGAACAAUAGUGUGUGUCUUGCUUCACAAGCUGCGUACUACCAAUCUAAAGCUUCUUUAGACAGUCGUCCCUAA